AUGGCUUCUUCCCCUCUGCUGCAGUGCGUCCUCUUUUGCAGCUACUGUCUGGUCGCUCUUGGCGACCGUGAGCAUGGCUUCGUUGUCGUGCCAACUAGCUCGUCCUCUGCGUCUCAAUCUCAACCAUCAGCAUGCUCAUCUGUAUCGCAUGUGACUUCCGAUGAUCCGAACCGCGCGUCCGUGCCGCUGGCGCACCGGCACGGGCCGUGCGCGCCGGCCUCGGUGGCCAGCGGCGGCGAGCCAUCCUUGGCAGAGAGGCUCCGCCGCGACCUCGCCCGGAGGAGGCACAUCAUCAGGAAGGCCUCGGGGCGCACGGUCACGCUGUCCGACGCCGCCGGCGUCAGCAUCCCGACGUCCCUGGGCGCCGCCGUGGACUCGCUCGAGUACGUGGUCACGCUGGGCCUCGGCACGCCGGCCGUCCAGCAGACCGUGCUCAUCGACACCGGCAGCGACCUGUCAUGGGUGCAGUGCAAGCCCUGCGACUCCUCGGCGUGCUACCCGCAGAAGGACCCCCUCUUUGACCCCAGCGCGUCGUCCACGUACGCGCCCGUCACGUGCGGCGCCGACGCGUGCAAGGCCCUCGCCGACGGCUACGACGCCGGCUGCACCAACAGCACCGGCACCCCCCUGUGCCAGUACGGGAUCGAGUACGGCAACCGCGACACCACCGUCGGGGUGUACAGCACGGAGACGCUGACGCUCAGGCCAGGCGUCGCCGUCCGGAACUUCAGCUUCGGCUGCGGCUUGCGCCAGCGAGGCACAUUCGACAAGUACGACGGCCUACUCGGGCUCGGCGGCGCGCCGGAGUCGCUCGUGUCGCAGACGGCGGGGACGUACGGCGGCGCCUUCUCGUACUGCCUCCCGCCCUGGAACAGCACCACCGGGUUCCUCGCCCUCGGUGCGCCCAGCAACAACACCGCGGGCUUCCUCUUCACGCCGCUGCACAGCUCGCCGGAAGGGCCGACGUUCUACGUCGUUACCCUGGCCGGCAUCAGCGUCGGCGGGAAGCGGCUGGACAUACCGCCGGCGGUGUUCUCCCCGGGCAUGAUCAUAGACUCCGGCACGGUCAUCACGGGGCUCCCGGACACGGCCUACGCGGCGCUGCGGACAGCUUUCCGGAGUGCGAUGUCCGCGUACCCGCUCCUGCCGCCCAGCGAGUACCUCGACACAUGCUACAACUUCACCGGCUUCAGCAACAAGACGGUGCCGACUGUUUCCCUGACGUUCGACGGCGGCGUGACGAUCGACCUCGACAACCCCAGUGGGAUUCUGUUGGAAGGCUGCCUCGCGUUCGUCGGAGGGAGCUCGGAUGAUGCCGGAAUCAUUGGCAACGUGAACCAGCGCACGUUCGAGGUGCUCUACGAUUCUGGCCGGGGACACGUCGGAUUCCGACCAGGCGCUUGCUGA